AUGUCGGUCACAUUUAAUUAUACCGGCAAAGUGGUGUUGGUCACGGGCUCGAGCUCUGGUAUAGGCGCCGCCACAGCCGUAUUGUUUGCCAAAAACGGGGCCCGAGUUGUGGUGACGGGUCUGAAGGGCAGCGAUGUGUCGAAUGUAGCCCAAGAGUGCCGUCAAGUGUCGCCCACCGGCCAAACACCGUUGGAAGUGGUGACAGACUUUCGUAAUGAGUCUGAUAUGAAACUAUUAGUUGAACAAACUAUUGACAAAUUUGGACAAUUGGACAUUUUGGUCAAUAAUGCCGGUGUUUAUCCCCGGUUUAAUAUAAUGGACCCUGAUUAUGUGGCCAAACAACGGCAGGUGCUCGAUGUUAAUCUCAUCUCUGUAACCUGUUUAACUCAUUUAUGCGCUAAAUAUUUGGCCCAAACCAAGGGCUGUAUUGUCAACAUAUCCAGUUGUAUGGGUAUUAACACAGGCACAGAUCUAUCAGCCUAUUGUACAUCAAAAUCUGCAAUUAACAUGUUUACCCGGUGUAUGGCCGUUGAGUUGGGCACCAUGGGCAUUCGUGUUAACGCAAUAUGUCCCGGUAUAAUACGGACACAACCGGUGGGUUCGGGUCCCGAAGAGAUGGAGGCGCGUAUGGAUGCAAUGGGCGCCCAAUACCCGGUUGGCCGAUGCGGUUUGCCUAUUGAUAUUGCUAAUACUGUUGCCUAUUUAGCCAGUGAUUGUGCCACAUUUAUUACCGGUGCUAUAAUUCCAGUUGACGGUGGGUGCCGAUGCCGGAACAUCCCGGUGGGACUAUCGUACAACAUAUCGGACUAUGUAAUACAGGCUAUGUGCCGACUAUAUCACAGAAUGACAAAUCAAGUGACAGUGGAAGUAGUGGUGCAUUUACGAUACCAGCAACUCAGACACCAACAACCGUGUUAUUUAAGAAUCAAAUUGAUCAUGAUACAAUUGAAGACUCUUCGCUUCCAGCUCCCAAUCCACGGUCGAGAGCCCUGUAGUCGUCAGGAAAUAGCGAAAAGUGUGGGACGACUGGAGCUGUUUGUGGACCGAUAUCUGGACCGCGCGAUCGCAUGCGAAAGCCGUCGCAACGCCAGUGACGUACAGGCGCUCAAAGACAUCCGUACUACCGAUGUGCCCAACUUUUUUGCCACAAUCCGUCUAAAGCUAAACGCAACCGCACCCGCAGUUCCCGUUAUAAUCCCUACGAACACCACUAUUAUAACUGGCGGAGAAAAUAUUAAUGCCACUCUUGCUUAA